AUGCUGAUCAUGGUUGCUGGCGUCACAGUCUUUGCAGAGGGCCUGGCCGGCAAUGUACAGAAGGGAUUCGGCAUGGGCUCCAAGAAGAUCACUCCAGUGGAGGAGGUGAACACGACCUUCGAGGACGUGAAAGGCUGCGAUGAGGUCAAGGAGGAGCUGCAGGAAAUCAUCCUCUACCUUCGUGACCCGGAUCGCUUCACCCGGCUUGGUGCGAAGCUUCCGAAAGGCGUGAUGAUGUCCGGCUCGCCGGGCACUGGCAAGACGCUGCUCGCCCGGGCCAUUGCUGGCGAGGCUGGCGUCCCCUUCCUGCAGGCAUCGGGAUCGGAAUUCGAGGAGAUGUUUGUUGGAGUGGGUGCUCGGCGCAUCCGGGACCUGUUUCAAGAGGCCCGGAAGCAUGCGCCCUGUAUCGUGUUCAUCGACGAGAUCGAUGCUGUGGGCUCCAAGCGCUCCAACCGGGACAACACAGCAGUCAGGAUGACUCUGAACCAGCUUUUGGUGGAGAUGGACGGCUUUGAGAACAACAAUGGGGUCGUCGUCAUUUGUGCGACGAACUUCCCAGAGUCCCUCGACAAGGCCCUCACUCGGCCUGGGCGCUUGGACCGGCAGAUUGUAGUGCCCAUCCCGGACCUCAAGGGCCGCAUGGAGAUUCUGGAGAUGUAUGCCUCCAAGUUGAUCCUGGACGAACAUGUGGACCUGCGGACCCUCGCUCGGCGGACUGCAGGGAUGACAGGUGCCGACUUGGCCAACAUCCUCAACAUCGCAGCCGUUCGCUCCUCCGCCGACAACCUGCCUUGUAUUCCGACGAAGUAUCUGGAGGAAGCGUUCGACCGAGUCGUCGUAGGCCUCGAAAGGAGAAAUCCCAUGAGCGAGCAAGAGAAGACGCUGACUGCGUACCACGAAGGUGGCCACACGCUGGUCUCCAUUGGCAACUCGGGGGCGGACCCGGUGCACAAAGCGACAAUCAUGCCGC